CACCGAUCGGCAAUUGACGUCAAGUUUCCAGAUGCCAAAGCAACACAAUCAGCAACGGAGCGAACGAGGAUUAAAUUGAGAAUCAUUCGAGUUUUGAACUUUCGAAUUUCUUCCUUCAUUUCCACAGACAUUGAGUUUUUAUUUGCCCUGCACUCAUCAUGAAACGCUCCAGAGCCGCCUAUACAUACGACGUCGGUGACGCCAGAAAACCUCCAGCUAAAAGAGCUGCAACUUCAACCAAGAAGGCUUCUGCUUCUACCAAGAAAGCUGCUACUACUUCUACAAAGAAGGCCUCUGCUUCCAAGGAAACUUCUUCCAGUGAAAUAGCGCAGGCGACAGUAGUAGCAGCGCCGCCCUCAUAAUCUUCGGAUGAUCCCUUUGGAAAACGCUACAAGGUAUCGUUAGGACCGAAUGGAGAGCUUAUGAUCCCGCAAAUCCUGCCGAACGAAUGCCUCAAAGUCAUUGAAAAGCUGCUUCUACCACAUAGAUGGGUGCACACAAUAGAUGCUACGCCAGAUCGUUCGCUCACUCUCUCAUACAGGAGAUGGCGGGAGACGAACGGUCUUUGGCUUGAAUCAAAUAAAAAGGCUCUUGGCUUGAAUGCAAAACAAUGGAAGAUGAGAGAAGAGGCGUUUAAAGAUGAUUCGCCUCUCGAAGGAUAUGAUGCAAAUACCCUAGAAGAAUUCAUCUGUAUGAACCCGCCGGCGGGUGAAAGAGACUCCAAUGACGGAGACGAAGAUGGCGAAGAAGACCAAGACGAAGACGAAGACAAAGAUAAAGAUAACGAAGAUGGUGAAGAGGAUGAAGAUGACGAUGACGAAGUGAGAGGUAGCGGAAACAAAGAGAGCUCUGCGGACAAAAAGGGCAAGAAUAAGGAAGCUGAUACAGAAAGGGAGGCCCUUCGCAAACGCAUGGGAAAGCUUGCUUCUCGACACCCAGAGCAUCUCUGGGUUAUUACUCUGGGUGGCUUUGAGCGGUUUAGAUGGUGGACUCAAGAAAUCUGCAAGCGAAACCAGGACGACUACUCUAUGUACAUCUUCAAUGACUUCAGCUGGUAUGGAACCAUUGAAGUACUGGAGAAUAUGUUUGUGCAGUUCGAAAAGGUUCUCAAGUCCAAGAACCAUGAACCUUUGGACGUGUCGCGAGAGAUUGAAGGACUUGCAUGGCUUCUAAAUAGCGGAAACGCCGAAUUUGAAAUGUGCGACGAUGGCGAACGGUGUCAGCUAAUUUUGGAGCUCUUUGGAUCCAUGAUAAUUGCUGCUAUCGACGAGCUUCAGAAGAAGGGUCUUUUCACUAAAGAUUCCAAAUUUCCCAACAUUCCAAUUAUACUGUCUCUUCUCAUAGAAUAUGCAUGGACGAUGGGCCGCGGCGACUAUGGCUUCGACGAAAAUAUUGAUUGGGUCUUUUACGUUGUUCAACAGGCCGAGGCUGCAGAUAUUACCUUGGGUGGGCCGUCUGGAUUUGAAAAGAUCCUGGAAGUGAUCGAGGCCGAAACUUCAGAACACACGGCCGCAUCGCUUUCCAAGGUCAAAAAGAGCACAUUCAUCAACAAGUUCAAAUCUUACGGCUCACGAGGCGGUGAGCAAUAUGUCAUUGCAAAAAUGCCUGCUGCCCAAAGAAAGAAGUGCUCUCUUGGAAGCGGUGGAGGCGGGAUGUUCUUCUAGAAGUACUGAAAGCAAGCAUGUUUGCCCAAAUGUCCUGUUAGACACGGUUGUACAAUUGUAAACUACCAAGUUGAUACGUCUUAGUUCAAAAUGUUAUGAUGUACAUGAUCCUCAUAGAAAACAAAUCGCACCAAAUAGCAUCAGUCACUUGCCAUAAUCCCAUUGCCAAUGAUGUACAU